AGAAUUUAGUUUGACUUUUGUGCCUCCGUUGUUCGCGUUCCAACAGAUUUUAAAUGCAAUCCAUGCGUAUUAGAUACAGCUGAUGUCGCUGUUCAUACGAACGUUAAUUCCCAUAGAGAUGUGAUUUUUUUUGUUUUUGUUUAGUACGGUAACUUGUAAUGUGGUCAUUUGUAAAUCGUUACCAUGGUUUGUAUCGAAGUGUCGAAACCCAGCAGGUUGAUAGAGUGAAGCAUAAAAAUCCUCUGAAAUAUUUUGACCCUGGUGGCAUCCCAUAGUAAAGGAAGUUACGCACAAUACGAAUGCACGCAUGGUGUCGUCUGACGUUACAGCACUGCACUGUGUCUGGCGGGAACUCGUACUUAGUGCUGUGGAGGAGUAGAAACAAGCGGGCCAGUGUUUUGGAACCAGAAUCCUGUUAGUGGAAUAGUGGCAUUGACGAGGUGAAUUAUGCAAGCCUUUCUAAAGGGAACCUCUUCCAUUAGCUCAAAGCCUCAAAAAGACAAGUCAGCUGCAGGAACAAGUGCGGAAAUCAAGAUAAAAUCAGUACCAUGGGUUGAAAAAUACCGACCAAAAUGUGUUGAUGAAGUAGCUUUCCAGGAAGAAGUGGUAGCUGUUCUGAAGAAGUCAUUAGAGGGCGCUGAUCUUCCCAAUUUGCUCUUCUAUGGCCCUCCGGGAACUGGGAAGACUUCCACUAUCUUGGCAGCAGCAAGAGAGCUCUAUGGACCAGAGCUGUUUCGGCAAAGAGUAUUAGAACUAAAUGCUUCGGAUGAGCGUGGUAUUCAAGUUGUUAGAGAAAAGGUUAAGAAUUUUGCACAGCUGGCCGUGGCUGGGACACGUACAGAUGGCAAGCUGUGCCCUCCAUUUAAAAUAGUGAUCUUGGAUGAAGCAGAUUCCAUGACUAAUGCUGCUCAAGCUGCGCUUCGACGUACCAUGGAAAAACAGUCAAAAACUACACGGUUCUGUCUGAUUUGUAAUUAUGUUAGCAGAAUCAUUGAGCCACUCACAUCUCGAUGUUCCAAGUUUCGUUUCAAGCCUUUAUCUGACACGGUGCAGGAAGAGCGACUUUUAGACAUUUGUCAGAAAGAAGGCCUCCAUUAUACACAAGAGGCAAUUAAAGCACUUGUGCAGGUUUCUGAAGGCGAUUUACGAAAAGCUAUCACCUUUCUACAAAGUUGUGCACGACUCAUGGGUGGUUUGGAAAUUACAGACAGUAUUGUUGUUGAAAUUGCUGGGGUGGUUUCCGACAGGAUGAUUGAUAAUCUUUUGCAGUCUUGCUACAGCAGUUCGUUUGAAAAACUAGAAGGGUCUGUGAAGAAUAUGAUUAAUGAAGGAUUUGCAGCCACACAGAUAAUCAACCAGCUUCAUGACAACCUUGUUAAAAGAGAAGAUCUAAAUGACAAGCAGAAAUCAGCAAUUGCAGAGAAGCUUGCGGAAGUGGACAAAUGCUUGGCUGAUGGUGCCGAUGAAUAUUUGCAACUAAUGGCCCUCUGUUCAGUAAUUAUGCAGCACAUCACACAGUGCAACUGAAGCUUUAACUGCAAUUACCUUUUUGUAAUUUAGCUUAUUUUGUAUACAAAAUCUAAUAAAAGUGUAAACUGAA